AUGGACGUGAAACAAGAAUCCUUUGAUCCGCCUGAUGUAUUAAUUAAAAUAGAACCAGAUCUUGGCACCGAUCUACAAACGUUUAAAAAAGAUCGCGAUCAUGGAGAGCUUGGCGUCGCAGGAGGGCACGUAAAUUUAAAUGUAAUGGAACCAGAAUUUGUUGUAUGUGAGGAUUCUAAUAUUGAACAACCUUUGGAUUCGGUUCAAAAUGUAUCCAUAAAUAUUAAACAAGAACUUGAUGAUCGUGAAGUUAAAGUAGACAUUACUGAUAUCAAACAAGAAGUUCCUGAAUAUGUACCGAUUAAAAGUGAAGGUGAACUUUUGAAUACUUAUUGUGACUUACCGACUUUGAAAAGUGAAAAUACUGAUUAUCCGGACUAUUUAGAACUGCCGUGUAGUAGUAAGCAAGGCGAAAGGAAAUCAUUAAAGGAUAAUGCGAAAGUUGUUUCUAAGAACAAGAAUAGAAGGUACCCUUGUCCUAUUUGCCGAAAAUAUUAUCCAUCUUCGAAAUCAAGAUUUGACCAUAUCGACGAACAUUUUAAACCGCGCUCUGUAACUGCUUCCAGGUCGUCUAGAAAAAACCACUUCAGCGGCCAUGUUGGAAAAUAUUACGAAACUUGUUACCAUUGCGGUCAAUUUUUUCUGAAUAAGUCAAAUUUUCUGUUACAUUUAUUUACCUUUCAUUAUGUAAAGAAAAUAACCAAAGUAUGUGGAAAUAAUAAGUAUUAUAGCCAUAACAAAGGUUUAAAAAUAGUCUUCAAAAAUCGGCCUAAUAAAAAACUUUUCAAAUGUGAAAUUUGUUCUAAAAUACUUCUAACUAAAGUAUAUCUAAAAAAUCAUUUGAAGAUACACUCCGGAGAAAAACCAUUCGCGUGUAAACUAUGCCCCAAACGGUUUGUCCGAAAACAUGAUUUAAAUUCGCAUUUGAAAAGUCACACUGGAGAAAAACCAUUCAGCUGUGAAAUAUGUUUAAAACAAUUUAGAGACAAAAGUAAUUUGAAAAAACACUCUAAUAUUCACACUGGAGAAAAAUUGUUUGAGUGCGAUAUAUGUUCGAAACAGUUUAGCCAGAAAUCAAAUUUAAAAAUACAUUUAAACAUUCACACUGGACAGAAACCGUUCGAGUGUGAAAUAUGUUCGAAAACGUUUAUCCGUAAAGAUGGUUUGGAUGCGCAUUUUAAAAGUCACACUGGAGAAAAACCGUUUAAAUGCAAAAUAUGUUCAAAACAGUUUAUCCGGAAACGCCGAUUGGAAAUUCAUUUAAAUACUCAUACUAAAGAAAUAUCGUUCAAUUGUGAAAUAUGUUCUAAACAAUUUAAUGAUAAAUAUUAUUUUAAUCAGCACCUAAAAAUUCACUCUGGAGAAAAAUCGUUUCAGUGUGAAAUAUGUUUGAUUGAAUUUACCCAGAAAUCCAGUUUGACAAUGCACUUAAAAAUUCACGAUGGAGAAAAAACGUUCCAAUGUGAAAUAUGUUCCAAACAGUUUCUUCGUAAAUACAGUUUAGAAACGCAUUUAAAAAGUCACACUGGGGAAAAAUCGUUCGAGUGUGAAAUAUGUGCUAAACGGUUUAAUCAUAAAUCUAAUUUAAACAUUCACUUAAAAACUCACAACAAACAAAACCCGUUCAAAUGUGAAAUAUGUGCUAAACCGUUUCACCACAAAUACAAUUUAAAAAACCAUUAUAAAAUACACAGUGGAGAAACACCGUAUAAGUGUGAAAUAUGUUCGCAACAAUUUACCCAUAGAUCCAGUUUAAGCAAGCACUCAAAAACUCAUAAUGUGGAUAAUCUAUUCCAGUGCACAAUAUGCCCCAAACAGUUUAGUUAUAAUUAUUUAUUGGAAACGCAUUUGAAAAUUCACACUGGUGAAAAACCAUUUAAGUGUGACAUAUGUCCAAAACAAUUUAGACUUAAACGCGACUUGGUAAAGCAUUCAUGCUCAAAACAGAGUUCUAAUUCGACAAUUAACUUAAUAUCUGACACUGGAAAAGAACCAUUAAAUAAUGAAACAUUUUCGAAUCAAUUCUUAAUAUCUGACACGGGAGCAAAACCAUUAAAUAUUGAAACAUUUUCGAAUCAUUUCUUAAUAUCUCACACUGCAGAAAAGCCGUUAAAUAAUGAAACAUGUACGAAUCAAUUCACCCAGAAAUCAAGUUCGGACACUGACUUAAACCUUCAGAAUAUAAAAAAACCGUUCAGUUGUGAAAUAUGUUCGAAACAGUUUACACUAAAAACCACUUUAAAUUAUCACUUAAUGUCUCAUACCGGAGACAAACCGUUUAAAUGUGAAAUAUGUUCGAAAUCAUUUAAUCGUAAAGACGCUUUACAAUUACACUUAAAAAUCCACUCUGGAGACUUGUUCAAGUGUGAAAUAUGUUCAAAACAGUUUACCUACAAAAGCAGCUUAAUGCAUCACUUAAAAAUUCACACUGAAGAAACAUUGUUCAAAUGCGAAAUGUGUUCGAAAUCGUUUACUCGUAAAGAUCGUUUGGAGGGACAUUUAAAAACUCACACUGGAGAAAAGACGUACAGUUGCGACAUAUGUUCCAAACAGUUUUUCCAAAAACAUAAUUUGAAUAUACAUUUGAAAACUCACGUAAUAGAUAAACCGUUCAAGUGCGAAAUAUGUUCGAAAUCGUUCACCCGUAACCAUUCUCUGAAAAUGCACUUACAAAUGCGCAAUAUGUUCGAAACAGUUUUUCCAAAAAAUCAAAUUUAAUAAGCAUUUGAAAAGUCACAAUGAGAAUAUAAAUGAGAUAGAAUAUCUUCCUAAUUUAGAGUCCACCGCGCAAUCCACUUCUUCUAAUGAAUGUGAUGGUUGAGUUACAUUUGAGACUCAACCCUUUCUCACUGUGGGAAGAGAAUACAGUUAAAAACGUUUGUGUCGAAAUUGUCAAAAAUUUUAUUGAGAAAACUACAGGGUGUCCCAUUGAAAAGUAGCCCGUUUCCAUUUGAUAAAAUUUGGUUACGGUGAAUUUUAAAUAGUAGAUUUUUAAAAAACACCCUGUGUAGGUAAUACAUAAUUUCUGUGUCACUGAAGCAAAACUUAUAGCAGAAUAAUACAUAUCAGCAAAACCCGCACGUUUAUUUGUUUAAAAGUUAUAAGCUCUGGAAAUGGGCUACUUUUCAUUGGGACACUUUGUAUAUAAAAAAAUGAUAUUAAACACAAAGCAAAAACUAAAAUUUAUCGAAUGUUACUUCUGUACAAGUGUAAAAGUAAAUGGCGAAUCAGAGUAGUCAAUUCCAGAAUGCAAGAAGGGAACAAUGUUGUGUGGGCCAUUUGCGAGCAGGCUAUAAUCCCCUAGUACUCUUUCUUCUCCUUAAAUCUACUAAAGCACUCCUCCAGUUUUCACAUAACUGGCAUCAGUAUCCUCCGGUAGUGGAGCCUACUAUUGGCGUUGUGGUUGGAUUCUUUUUAAAUCUGCAAAGGCAGUCUUCAUCCCAGCAGAACUCUCUGACUUCUGUAAAUCGUGUUAAUGGCUUAGCAGUAUCUGCGAAAUUCUUCAUGAAUGUCCUAUAGUACGUACAGAACCCAACAAAACUUAUUAUCUGA